GUUUGUUCGCUGAUACGCAAAUCGUCCGAGUCUCCCGAAAGUGCAUCGAGUAUCGAUGGCAACUGAGGAGGCGGAUUCGAAUCCUCCGGGUCUCGUGGCUGCACAGCGGCCCCUGCAAGAACUCUUCCCCGUGCGCCGUGUACUGGGCAUGCUACAGCGCAAUGAGCGGCUAAGUGAGCAGCCUGCGCCUCCCAAACCGCACACCCAACACCAAGAGAACCAAAACGUCAACAAACAGACUGCCUCCAUUCAGAACGAGGAGAUCGUUUCCGAGUCCCCUCCCUCGCAGCCGAGCGAAGACAGCCAGGAGCUAAACCCCGACAAAGGGGGGAACACCGGCGAGGUGCUAUGUCCGAAAUGCGGCAAAGGUUUCUCGUCCAACACGAGUCUUCGCACCCACCUGGCCAAUGUGUAUCCUUGCAAUGAACCGAGGCCGGCAACGUUGCCGAGAGAGGGCCGAUUUGAGUCCAAGACGUGCUUUAAGUGCGGCAAAACCUUCGCGAGCUGGCAGGGAUUGCGGGGCCACCUUAACCGUAUCAGACCGUGCGAUCAGGAAAAACCGGUUCCUGUCACUACGCAACGUCGGCGACCGGCGGCUUCGAGAACGUGUGUCAAAUGUGGCAAAACGUUCUCAAGUCCGCAGAGUCUUCGCAUUCACAUGAACAGAGUGAAACCGUGUGACCAGGACUUGUCGGCGCCGUCGACUCCACCAGCUACUACAUCUCCUUCUACACCGCUGAUGAUGAACACUGAAGACAUGAAAAAAGAAGCAGAGCGGAAAGCGAAGGCCAGGUACCAGGCCCGCAAGGCAUAUCUCAAGAAACGUGGACGACUGGAUGAACUUGGAGACCCUCCAUCGUCCUUUAACCACUCUAGUUUAAACCACAAAGUGGAGGACACUGUGCCAAAACCUGAUCUUAAACGACAUCCAUCGGAUGCGCCAUCGCAAGACGGUGACAAUGUGGAGUCUCCAAAUUCUGGAGCGAAGAAGCAACGCGUGCAGGAAGAAUUGCCUCAAGAAGUUGAACCAGCUACCGGUGAUUCUCCCUCCGACGUAUCAAGGUUGGCCACUGAACCUAGUAUUCCUGCACCUGCGAACCCAGAACCUCCUCAGAAAACGGUGACAACCGAAGGAAGCUUUGUGCAUCGCUCGAAUACGGAUCACGGUGGUGAUCUACUCGCAGGAGGUUGCAGUUGCCCGCCGUGUGUUCGUCGGUGGGCCAGGAAACUUAUGAAUCGGAUUCAACAGCUUGAGGACGAGGUGGUGAUGUUACGUCAGAAAGAAUCUGCUGGAAGUGACAGUACUACUGUUUCUGGUUCUGUGACCAAUACGCUGGUGGUGUCUGACUCCCCGGCCCAAUCCGCCGUAACCCAUUCGCUCUUGUCCGAGAAGACUGUUGAUACUGUCGCUAAUCUCUCCAAUCUCUCCCAGGCGAAACCUUCCAGUAUUGCGGCUAGUCCUGAAGAACGUUCACAUACCGAUGACCAGCAAAGUUUAACUGCGACUGACUUGCUUGGCUCCGAUAAGGAAAGUUUGCUGGAUGCUUACACCCACAUGAACGACCAAAUCUUAACGAACGAAAAGGUGAUUGAAGAAUCCACUGGCCACGCUCAGUUUCUAGUGGGCUGCAAUCCGGAUUUCCGCAGACAAGUUGAUGAACUGCGGGUGUCCAUCAGCACCGAGAAGAGUAAACGUGAAAUUACUGUGGCAGCUCUCAUUGCUCGCGAGUGGAAACCUCAACUCGAUGAGUUCAAAAGAGCUUUGCUUAACCAGACUGAAAGAGGAUUGUCACCUCUUGACGAGCAACCUUUCCACGAAAAAUGGUCCCAGAUUUCAAGCCAAAUAUCUGCAAAAGACAAAGUUAUCUCAGUGCUGGAGAAGCGAAUGGAUUCUCUUGGAGAGUCCAGCGGAAGUCAACGCUCCAGGUACGCAGAGAUGGGCGAGCUUUCCAGCAAAAUGGCAGCUGAAUACGCUGCAAAGAUGGCACUCGAGGGCGAACGUGAGGGUGUCUAUGAUGGUCUUGUGAGGUCCAGCUAUAGGAUUCGGUCUCUAGUUAAGAAUGCUCUGCUGUAGCAGCCAAAUUCUCAACUUUUUACUCGUAAUAACGUUAGUAAGCCUUUUAUUUGUUUGCGUAGUAAUUUACCCCAGUGUGGAUUUCCGAAGCAAGUAUUUAACGUCGUGCAUUUUCGAAUUCGAGCACACUUAUCACAACAUUUUUGCAUUUAAAACUACCUCAGAUCCAUC